ACGAAGCACGUCCUUCCAAAUUCUGUGUUGUGAGAUCGCUGCAGUGAAAAACUAAGUGAUAAGUGCAGCUUAGGAGUAUAUGAAUUAUGUUCUCGUAAUGUUUAUAUGCGGGGAAAUUCAAAGUUGGAAUUCGAAGUUUCGGCCUUCGUGGGAUGGGUAAUGGCAGUGCGUAGGUGAGGCCGCAAGGCGGGCGCCGCGCUCGGCCUGCGCCCGCCCAUGGCACCCACGUUAUGCAUCAGCAGGUGGGUGGUGCAAUUCACAUCAGUGUUGGCGUGGUUCCUCUUUGUUCCGGUCAACAAUCAACUAACGCCCACACUAGUUCCGACUUGUCCCACGCAAUGCAUCUGCCUAUCACAAUCGCAGGUUGUGUGUAACAGUGCAAGUUUACGCGGCGUUCCGUCGGCAUUGAGUCCGAAUGUAAUGCAGUUAUCGCUGUCGCGGGCGGAUCUUCGUGUCCUACGCUCUGAUGCAUUCUCUCAUCUCCGACAACUGCGGCGGCUGUCUCUCGACGCCUGUAACCUCACGCGCAUACGUCCUUUUGCCUUCCGAGGCCUGCCACGCCUGGAUGAACUCUACAUACAACACACGCCGCUCGCUACAGUCGAUGCGUUCGCAUUCGCCGCGCUCCAGAAUAUAUCGUCAAUUGUUUUAUCGCAUAAUCGAAUAGCGCAAAUUGAGGGCUAUGCAUUCGCUGGAACCAAUUUUAUUAAACUGAUUUCACUUAAGAAUAACCCUAUAAAACGAAUACUAGCGCAUGCAUUUUCCGGUCUCAACGAUGUAACUCAAAUAGAAUUACCGUCUGGAGUUAAGUCAAUCGAGCCGAAGGCUUUCUUCGGCCUAGAGGGCGUGGGAGUUUUAGAGCUGGCUUACAUGGAUUUACCAGCACUGCUGGCCGAUACGUUUUUUGGAUUAACUCGUGUCGGUCGGCUGGCUUUACGUGAAUCUGAUCUUGGGGUUAUGCGCAUCGGGGCUUUCGAAGGUUUAAGACACGUAGAGGUUUUGGAGAUAUGUAACAACAAAAUUGACGGUGUGGAAGAGCUGUCUUUGGUCCAUAAUAAUAGCGUCCAAACUUUUAAAAUGACAGGAAACCAUAUGCUCGAAGCGCCAGAAUCGGUGGUUCUCGAAGUAGAAAAUUUAAUAAUACGCGGAAAUCACCUUCCAUGCGAGUGCGGGCGUGACCCUCUGGCGAAUGCGUUGGCUCUUACACCAGACUUUGCUGAGGAGAAUUUGUGUAUAUCUCCGUUGAAGGUGCGUGGACGUAGUUUGUCUAGCGCUGCGGGAGCUGUAUGCCGUGGCGAGGGAACGGGGAGCGCGCGCGCCAGGGCUGCAGCAGGAGCAAGUCCACUGGGCGACACAUUCGAACACUCUCUGGCCAUCAUUAUCGCCGUGAUAGCUUUCCUUGCCAACAGUUAGCCGCCCAUGGUGUUCAAUAUUGUAUGUCUUUGUAAAUAUUGUAUAAUAUGUAAGAAUGUAACGCGAAAUUUUACAUUAGGUCCGUUCAUUUAGUAUACGUUGGACCAUAAAUGAAAUUUGCCUUUCGAUACUAUCUUGUUUUACUCCAAUUUAUAAGAGUUGUUUAAUUUAAAUAUGCUUUUAAGAUGUUAUAUUGUUACGCAUCUUCUACAAUCCAAAUGUAAUAAAGGU